UGGAGCCUCAAUCCUCUCACUCACAGGCUCAGCCUCAGUGUGUGUUCACCAGCGCUGCUCUCUCUGACGCUCUCUCUCUCUCUCUCUCUCUCUCCCCAUCUGUGUGCGUGUGUCUACUUCUCUUUCUCAUCUUACUCUUCUCCUCCCUUGCUCCGUGUCCUUCUUGUCCUCCUCCCACGUGCCACCUGCUCUCUCCUCUUCCUCCCGCCUUCUUCUCGUUGUGUUCCCGUCUCUCUGCCCGUCCGCCUCCCAUCUCAGAGUUCAGCUCUCCCAGCUCUGCCGCCGGCCGGUCCGACGCACCGACGCGGCCCCGAGUCGAAGCACCUGUGCUGGCUAGGGAGACGGCCCCGGCCCCGCUUCUGGCUCUCUGUGAAACGCCGUGCAAAUCGAGGAGGGAGUGCCUGAUUUCGAGUCUUCUCGCCCGCUCAGGAGGAGAUGGCCAGGAACUAAAUCCCUUUUCCUCCAGCCGUUCCCUGUUGCGUGUUGACUUCUUUUUAUUCUUUUUUUUUUUUUUUUUGUCGGCGACACCUGGAAUGCUUCAUGCGGACUGAUGGAUGUUUCCCAACUGUGUAUGCCAGACCCUCUCUGCUACCACAACCAAAUGCUCAGCAGAAUGCCCUCUGAAGACCGUCACCUGACCUCGAGUUGUGGCUCCUACAUCAAGACCGAGCCCUCCAGCCCCUCCUCCUCCCUGGUGGACACCGGCAGCCACCACAGCCCCAGCGCUAACUCGGACGCCAGCGGCGGCUACGUCAACAUCAGCGGCCGCUCGCACGCCCUCGACUCCCCGCCCAUGUUCAACCCGGGCAUGCUGGGAGGAGGAGGAGGAGGAGGAGGAGGGGGAGGAGGUGGAGGAGGAGGAGGAGGAGGGCCGGGCGGGUGUCACCGGCGCUACGACGAGUGCUCGGUCCUGGGGGGUGUUGGCGGCGGCGGUGGCGGCGGCGGCGUCGGCGGCAUGAUGGUGGACGACUCGCCCAUCAAGUGCGAGUACAUGCUGAACGCCAUCCCCAAGCGGCUGUGCCUGGUGUGCGGGGACAUCGCGUCGGGCUACCACUACGGCGUGGCGUCGUGCGAGGCCUGCAAGGCCUUCUUCAAGAGGACCAUCCAAGGCAACAUCGAGUACAGCUGUCCGGCCACCAACGAGUGUGAGAUCACUAAGAGGCGGCGCAAGUCCUGCCAGGCCUGUCGCUUCAUGAAGUGCCUCAAAGUGGGCAUGCUGAAGGAGGGUGUGCGUCUGGACCGGGUGCGAGGCGGACGCCAGAAGUACAAACGGCGGCUGGACGCGGAGAGCGGCGCAUACCUCGGCCUCACCAUCCCCCCGCCCGCCAAGAAACCACUGACGAAGAUCGUGUCCCACCUGCUGGUGGUGGAGCCGGAGAAGAUCUACGCCAUGCCGGACCCCACGAUGCCAGACGGGGACAUCAAGGCGCUGACCACCUUAUGUGACCUGGCCGACCGCGAGCUGGUGGUCAUCAUCGGAUGGGCCAAACACAUCCCAGGUUUCUCCACGCUGUCCUUGGCAGACCAGAUGAGUCUACUGCAGAGCGCGUGGAUGGAGAUCCUGGUGCUGAGCAUCGUGUUCCGCUCGCUGCCCUGCGAGGAGGAGAUGGUGUACGCCGAGGACUACACCGUGGACGAGGACCAGGCCCGGGUCUCCGGCCUGCUGGACCUCCACGUGGCCAUCCUCCCCCUGGUGCGGCGCUUCAAGAAGCUCCGCAUGGAGAAGGAGGAGUUCGUCACGCUCAAGGCCAUCGCCCUCGCCAACUCAGACUCCAUGCACAUAGAGGACAUCGAGGCGGUGCAGAGGCUGCAGGACUCCCUGCACGAGGCACUGCAGGAUUACGAGGGCUCCCAGCACGCCGAGGACCCUCGGCGGGCCGGCAAGCUGCUCAUGACCCUGCCCCUGCUGAGGCAGACGGCCUCCAAGGCCGUGCAGCACUUCUACAGCAUCAAGAUGCAGGGCAAGGUGCCCAUGCACAAACUCUUCCUGGAGAUGCUGGAGGCCAAGGCCUGACCGGGCGCUCGG